GCUCCUGUGGGAGUCUGGGGAAAGCGAGCGAGGCAGGGGUCCUUCACCGUUGCACCGUGCGGGGUCGGGCUGGGGUGCGACGCCAAGAGGCGCGAUCUGCGCGCGGGUGGAGAGUUGUGUACUACAUAACUGCACCGUGGGCGCGGGUUGUGGUUGCAUUGCAUUCCCAGGGUGAUUUGUCUCGGGGCCACUCUGCUGAUAAAGGCUGCUACUUCACUUGGUCUGCACUCGAUUUUCCUCUUCCUUACUUCACUUCGACCUACAUUUCGUUUUCGUACCCACUUAGCACGUCAUGGCUGCGGCUCCCCAGGCUGUUAUCGAGAGCGAGAAGGGCGCCCGCCACUUCGACGAGAAGACGGAGCUUGAGAGCGUCAAGCCCGUCGCCGGCGGCAAUGUCGACUACACGGGCAGCGUGGCGAAGACGGAUCCCGCCGAGAUCGCGCUGGUGCGCAAGAUCGACUGGCGGCUGAUGCCCACGCUGUGCACAAUGUACUUCCUCAAUUAUGUCGACCGCAAUGCGAUUGCCCAGGCCAGGCUGAACAACCUUGAACGCGACCUUGGCAUGACAGGUGUCCAAUUCAAUACCACAGUCUCGAUUCUAUUUGUCGGCUACGUGCUGAUGCAGGUGCCAUCCAACAUGCUGAUCACGCGGAUCAAGCCUGGCAUGUACAUGAGCUCAUGGAUGCUCGUGUGGGCGGUGGUGAGCGGGUGCACGGCGCUGGUCCAGAACUUCGGCGGGCUGGUUGCGUGUCGUUUCUUCCUGGGCAUCACUGAGGCGCCGUUCUAUCCAGGCGCGACGUAUAUGCUGAGUAUCUUCUACACGCGGAAGGAGGUUGCUACACGCAUUGCGCUACUAUAUUGUGCCCAGAUCCUGGCCACUGGAUUCUCUGGGCUUAUCGCUGCUGGUGUGUUUGCUGGCAUGGACGGCGUGAAAAAUAUCGCAGGGUGGCGCUGGCUUUUCAUAAUCGAGGGCGCUGUCACAGCAUUCGUUGCCAUCUUUGGCUUCUUCCUGCUCCCCAACACUCCCCUGACUACCUCCUGGUUGACCCCUGAGGAGCGCCAGUUGGCGCACGACCGCAUGGAGCGCGACCGCGUUGGCGACGCUGGCGAGAAGGUCAGCAUGAUGGAGGGUCUGAGGCAAGCUUGCAAGGACAAGCGAACGUGGCUGUUCUGCCUGAUGCAGAACUUCCACUUGAGCGCCUGCUCCUUCAACUCGUUCUUCCCUACUGUCGUGAAGACUCUCGGAUUCAACAGGACCAUCACUCUGGUACUUACCUGCCCGCCCUUCCUCCUCGCCGGCGUCGCAGGAAUCAUGACCGGAUGGAGCUCCGGACGCAUGCACGAGCGCACCUGGCACAUCACAGGUGGAUUAGCUGUUGCGGUUGUUGGAUUCGUCAUUGCAGCCAGCACGCUAAACACGGCCGGGCGUUAUGUGGCCUGUUUCAUCUUUCCCGUCGGCGCCUACUCAGUCAACUCGGUCAUCAUCGGCUGGGCUUCUUCAACACUGAGCCAGACCAAGGAGAAGAAGGCCGUGGUCUUGGCAAUGACCAACGUCGGUGGGCAAAUAGGCUACAUCUAUGGUGCUUAUCUGUGGCCUGACACCGAUUCUCCUCGGUUUGGCAUCGGUUUUGGUGCGUCUGCCGGAUUUGCGUUGUUGAGUAUCGGGUGUGCAUGGGCCAUCCGGAUGUUGCUCAUCAAGGAGAACAAGAAACUGCGCGAGUCUACGGACGAGCACAUUAACUUGUACGGCUACUAAGCGAGGAACACCAAAAUCAAAGAGAGACGAGAGCGCUGCUGUUCUGUUGCGUAUUGCGCGUGGAAACACCAAGUAACAAGAAUCGAUUGUAUUUCUGCAUGCAUCGGUGCUUCGCACGUGACGCUGGUUGACAUGCCCACAUGAGAUCUGCAUUUUCCCCCGGCAGGAAGAGCAGGAGCUGGUCGUGGUGCAGCGCUGGCUCUCACGUUGCAG